AUUAUUCUGGUGCACGGAGAGGAGAUCGCACUGUAGAUUUCCUCUCAGCUAUAGUGUGUGUCUCCUCUCUUUGUUUGGCAAAUGUUGUUCGUUGGUUUGAUAUUGUUGGCGUUCGGCUCCCUGAUGGUAUAUGGGGUAGUUCUUCUUAAGAUGAAACGUAGAAGGUACAAGCAUCUCCCGAUGCCUCCUUUGUCUAGUUUUAUUGGCGGUCACUUUCCUGUAAUCAAGGAAGCUACGAAACAGGACGGACAUAUGUUUAAUCUCUAUCUCAAAUGGACGGAGAAUUAUGGCCUUAUUUGGUGUCGGUUUCUAUUUUGGAAAGCAGGAGUGGUAGUGCUUUCGGUGGACGGGAUCAAAGAUAUGUUCAUCACUAACGGUGGACUGUAUAAGGUUCAGAAAUCUAGUCUGACUUACUUUGGUGGACAGCGGUUCACGGGGUAUGGUGGUCUCCUGAAUAAUGUGGGUGGAGACGUUUGGAGAAGGAAGCGGCAUGCGCUGGACCCUGCAUUUCACAAGAAGUAUCUACAGAGUUUGAUUCCCAAGAUGAAUGAAAUGACAAGGGCCAUGAUUGAACAGCUGAAACAAAAUACCAAUGCAAAUGAUUUUAUAGAUAUGGAUUGGUACAUGAAGAAGUCAGCUAUUUUGCUCAUAGCAAGCAUAGGAUACGGCAUCGACUUGAAUAAUAGAGAGGACGUAUCAAUGGAACAAAUCCUGGAUUCCAUGAAUGACAUGAUGGAUGGGUUUUUUGGUGAAGCUUUUGAUCCAUUGUUUUUACAUAAUCCCAUGAACCGUCAUCUCACAAGAAAGACGAAAGAAGCGGGAUGCCUCCUCCGAAGGCUUGGACAUGAUGCUUUGAAGCAUAGGCGUGAUCAAAUAAAGCAAAAUCUAGAAACUCCUGUUGACCUCUUAGCCCAUUCGAUCAGAAUACAAGAAAACAGUCCGUGGUAUUCUGACGAGGAAGUUGUGGACGACUUCGUGACUUUCAUCGUGGCAGGAUUUGAGACUACUUCCAAUGUCAUGUCGUUUGUGCUGGCCCUGCUGGCCCGUAAUCCAGGAGUAUCUGCAUGGGCUGCUCAGGAGAUGACGGACCUGGUUGAGGGCAAACAAUUUCUUGAUGAAGACGAUCUCUCGGAGAUGAGCUACUUGGAGUGCGUCAUCAAGGAGGCUAUGCGCUUGUACCCAGUAGUAUCGCUUGUAAGACGUAGUACUAAUGUUGAUAGCAUUAUAGAUAAGCAUCUGAUACCCACAGACACCCAAGUGAUGUUCCUUCCCUUCCUUCAAGGCAGGCUAGAGGAGAUCUGGUCAGAACCCUUAAGUUUCAAACCUGAACGCUUUUUAAAAACAGAGUCCCUUAAAAAGUUCACUUACAUUCCUUUUCUUGUUGGUCCUCGAAAGUGUAUCGGUAGUACAUUUGCUAUGAAUGAGAUAAAAAUUGUUGUGGGUCAAAUACUCCAGCAUUUUGAACUGAGUGCCCCAUCAGAUGAAGAUAUAGAGCCAGAGUUUAGGAUCACCUUGGGCCCUAAGGUGGGAACCCGACUUCGACUCCGCGAGAGAGCUACAUCUUAAAUCUGCUACAGAAUGACAGAAUCUUGCUUAAUUUUUAUUUGAUAUUUCCGCACGGUAAUAUUUGAACACAGCACCUGCUCCACCGCUCCAAAUGAAAUAUUUAUAUAUUUGUAUGUAAUCAAUAGUAAUAGAUUUACCAGGUUACGAUUUGGGCUUUUAUAUUUUAUUUAUGUUAUCUUGUCUGAUGGUCAAAAACCAAAAGGUUUUCAUUUAAAAAUGUCUAGUAUGACAAAAUUUUUACUUACGAAGGAUCAGCAUUCCUUUUCCGUCGUUUUUGUAAUUUGUAUACCCAUGUUCUAUGAAAAGACCGAACACGUGGUCGCAGUAAUGUGAAUUUUCGCGGUUUACGCCCACUAAACUGUUAAGGACCAACGUGAUUAUGUUACUAGGCACCUGGUGCUUGUGGAACUAAUAAAAUAUCAAUUGAUCGACACCGCAGACCCUCAUUGAUCGCGUCUCUCGUACAAAAUUUUGCCGUUAAUAUAGUUAUUAGUUAUCGGAAUUAUAUUAGGUAAUCUUGCAAAUAUUGUAUAGUUUCAUGAAACGUUCAACUUUGUUGUCUUAACUUUUAUAAUUGUGAUGGAGGUACAAUCAGAGGACAUAUUGCGGUGAGAGCUUCUAAUCACGUGACUCGUGCUCCACAGCCCAUUACCCUAUCAUGUGAUCAGUAACAGAGUAUCGAUUGGGGCAGACUGAGCUACUCUAAUUAGUUUUUAGGGUGAAUUCGUGCAGGAAUCAGAAAUAAUUUGUU